AUGAUAUUUGCAGAUGAUUUUGUGAUACUUGCCGAAUCCAAGGAUGAAAUGGUAGAAAGAUUAGAAACGGAGUAUAUGGUGAUAGGAGAUGAAAUAGAGAGCAUUGAUAUAAAUGAAUGGCAGAUAUUGCCAAUUGAAAAGAUCAUGGGAUCCACUAUACAAACAAAUGGCUCAAUGGAGAAAGAGAUAAAGAAAUCCCUCACAUUGAAGGGAAAAGAUUACAGUUCCAUAGUACAACCCACUAUUCUAUAUAGUUUGGAAACAUGGCCAACCAAAGAAUCAGACGAGAGAAGUCUACAAACUAUGGAUAUGAGAAUGCUGAGGAUGAUUGCUGGGGUAUCAAGAAAGGAUAAGGUGCGUACAAGAAUUCUAGAAGGUUUAAAGGUAGUGCCUAUUAAGACCAAGAUAAGGGUGAACAGACUUAGGUGGUAUGGGCACACAAUGAGAAGGCCUAUGAACUAUAUAGGAUAUAAAGUUGAGAGUUUGGAAGUGAUGGGCAAACGUAAAAGAGGAAGGCUAGAGCCAUGA